AUGGCAGCCGCGCGCUGCCGCCCUGGAUGGAGAUUCCGCUGUGGGAGAAGGAAAACUGGGUCCCUGGACGGCUGGACGAGUGGGCAUGCGUGGACAGAAAGGCUGAGAUGCACCGCGACUAUCGAGAUGAACAAGAUGCAAGUGGAGUGGGAGAACCCGAACAGAGCCUGGGGGAGCCGGGGAGGCGUCAAGGCGGGAAGGGAAAUCAGAUGUGAUCAGAUGGACCGCGUGAAGAAAUUCACUGGCAUGGCGAAGGGCACGCCUGUGGUCCCAGUUCGGAGAGAUGAAGAUGAGAGCUUGGUUCUGUUUGGGGAGCUGUAUAAGCAUGAGAAAGAGAGAGAUAUGAACCUCCUUGAGCCAAUGUUCUCAGUGGAGUUUGAAGCUAUUCAAGGAGAUGGUCGCAUGUUCAAGCUUCCUUCAGGAAAGAGAGAUUACCUCCUUCCAGAUAGCGAAAAGCAUGAUUAUGACUGGCUCAAGACUCCUCCAGCGAGCCCACUGUUCCCCUCCCUUGAGAUGGAAGCCAACUCAUCCCAGAUGAUUUUUCAGAAGGAACUGCCUAUACUUCAGCCAAUCAGAACUUCAAGGUUCUCAAGCAAGCCCGACUCUACAACUGCAUCAACAACGUCUGAAUCACCUACCUCCAGCUCCACUACAUCUGUAACUCCAACAGCGAGGCCCAGCUCUUCAUCAUCAAAGAAAUCAUCAAAGAAAAAACUCAACAGAGAAGCUCCUACUCCAUCUAAAGAACAGGACUCAGCUUACAGAAUGGAUAAGAAGUCCAGCUAUACACCUCUGACCAAUAGGCAGCACAAUUCAAUUCCUGCAGCCCCAACAGCUGCUGCUACUACUACUACUACAGCCACCAAAGUAUCCAAGAAAACUUCGGGCAACAAAUCUCAGCCGUCAAAUGCAGUCAAGAAUGUGGCCGGAUUGGACAAGGCACCGAAGAAGAACGUUGCAGCAACCACAGCGAAACCUCGGCUGAAUGAUUCUUCAGCUGGUGCAAAGGAUCAGAAGGUGGAUGCUGGCUCCACCAGGAGACUGUCAUGCCCACCUGCUGGAACAACAGACAACGCGCAGGUUACAGCAACACUGAAAGGGAGGACCAGAGCUGCCACUAGUGCUGUGCCUACUGCCCGUAAGGGUGCCGGUGCCACUGCCACCGAUGCGGUACUGAAGGGGAGGAGGAGAGUAGGAGAGCAGGAGCAGAGGCCAAAGCUUGGAAGCCGUGCAAAGAAGUGA